CCACGCCCGAAAGGCUGAUAAAAUGCAAUUAAUUGUUUUGGCAGCGGGGCGAAUAGCAAGCAGCAUUACAAUUUAAAGCAUAUCGAGCAUAAUGCUAAAAUCACACAAUGAAGCGUCGUUAUACAAUUACGCUAUAAAAUAAAUAUUUAAUGGUUGGCAACAUACAUUUGAAAAGUACAUAAAACAAAGUGUUAUUCAUUGCAACUUCCCACCGACAGCAGAUGGUAUUUGAUCGAUCCAGCGAUGAGAGCGCCAUGAAUACGCCGAGCAUGAAUGCCAAUAUGAAUAUGAGCAUCAGCAUGAAUGGGAGCACAUAUAUUGACCAGCCGUAAGAGCCAACAUAUAUGUAUGUAUGCAUGUAUGUAUGUACGACGCCAUCGUUGAUGAUGAUAACAAUAAAAUAUGAAAAUUCAAAAAAUGCAAAUUGUCAAAAUCUGAGGGUGCACAAUAAAAUCGACCAUAAAGAAUAGCAAAUCAACAGCGGACGCUAAACAACGAUAACAUACACACAGUCGACACCAAUAUCAGCCAAUAGCAAGGCAACAACAACUCCAGCAACAACAACAAAGAACAAGCAAAUCAACUCUGGCCGGUGGCAAUGGCCGAGCCGGAGCCAAAUCCCGCACAGCAUCUGCAAUGGCAGCGCUGCCAGCAUCCUGCUCUGGAUCGACCACAGCUACAGCAGCAACCUAGCAAAUGUCGGCACGUGCACAACGAGUGCUCCUGGGGCCAUGGCUGGAGCAGAGUCGCCUGGCUGCUGGCUGCUGUGUGCCUGCUGACGCGGCCCGUCAUGCCGGAAGUUAUUUAUCGAGUUGAUCCUUUGGCCCUGCUGGCGGCCACCUUGCGGACGUACCAGCGUGCCGGAUGCGAUUCAGAACAGCUGUCACUCAGCUGUCCACGUGGCACUAGCAUUUCCAUAGAGCUGGCCCAGUACGGGCGAGCGGGCGAUUUAUCCGACCACAGCUUGUGUCCGCCUGUGUCGCAGGAGGACCUCACCACGACCGGAAGUGCCGGCGAUGCUGUCAUCCACAGCGGCACAGAAAUCGAAGUCAAACCGCCGGAAACGUGUACCGUAAGCGGAUUACAGUACGCCCUGCUGCAGACUGUGGUGGAUGCCUGCCAAAAGAAGAGGCACUGCAAGUUCGCUGCGAAUUCCAAAACGCACACAAGCACCGAUCCCUGCUCGGGCAUUCGAAAAUUCGUCGAGAUUGCCUACAAAUGCCGUCCAUACGAAUUCCGGAGCAAGUUGGCCUGCGAGAAUGACAACAUGCCGCUGAUGUGCAAUCCAUACUCACGCAUCGCCAUCUACAGCGCUUCCUUUGGCCACACGGAGCGAGAGACUGUGCAGUGCGGUGGCCCGGGGACUCCGCCCGGCACCGUGCGGAUCAAUCGGGAGGAGAAUAGCCAGCCCACCUGCCUUGUGUCCUAUGCCACCGAAACUGUCAUGCAAAUCUGUCAUGGACGGCGGCGCUGCUCGGUGGCCGCAGACGCCGGCACUUUUGGACGUCCCUGCAAGGCCGAUGUGCGCAUGUAUCUGAAAGUCGUAUACACAUGCAUACCCCGCAAAGUCCUCAAGGAUCGCUAUGAGACAGCGGCGGAGGCGGACGAGCCGCAGCAAACGGACUUGGACCAGGACCAGGAUGAGCUAUAUGACGAGGAUCAGUUCUACAAGGAGUCGGAGGCGAUUCCACCGGCACCCAAGCUGCAGGGCGCCAACGUGGGUCGUUCCUUUGACUUUGACACCAACAACGUCGGAGAAGAGGCAACGAGCACACUUCUGCCCCCGUUGCUAUCGCGCAACGAUGGCUCGUUAGAAGAGCGUCUGCAGGCAUCAGUGCGACUGUUGAACCGCAUAAAAAUGUCAUUCAACAAACAAUUGGUAACUGAGUCGGCUCCAACCACAACAGUGGCCAGUGAGCACAUCAGCACAACCACCGAGGGGGCUUCAAUUAUAGAUAAUGAGGAUAGCACCAUUGAGUUGGCGACCGAAGGCUCGGACAUCGGUGCCGGGACCGAGACCGCCAAUACAAAAUGGAGCUAUGAGAAGGGCAACUACUUCUACCGUCGCAAGUGCCAGAUGGUGGAUGAUUGGGGUACAAUAGGUUUGAACUGCACCGAAGAGGACAUCGUCACUGAACGUGUCGAAGUGGUUGGUUUCUUGGCAAAUUGGCUGCACACCUAUCUGCACAUUCGAAAGCACCAGGAACAGUUUUACCUGUAUCUAAUCAUAUCGGUGACAGCGGGCGUUCUCCUGUGCCUAACGCUUGUCAUCGGCCGACUCACCCUGCAGCGUCGGGGCAGCCGUUUGAAGAGGAGCUCCAGUGUCAGUGGCGUGGCGAAAAACUUUGCAGAAACUCCAAUCGAUGGCACAGGUGGAAGCGGCGCUGCUGGCGGAGGGGCUGGCGGUAAUUUCCAACAGAUGGCAACAGGUGAAACCCAUCUGGGCGACACUUUCGGUGACGACAUCUCCGACAUCGAUGUCGACGUUGACUUAACAGCUCCGAUGCCACUGUCUAGUCUAUCAUCACGGAACGAGACCUCCUACAUGACAUACGCACCAACGCCCAACUGUAGCUACGCUGGCUUAACGGGCGCUCAACCACAUUCGCAUCCACUGCCAGUGCAACAUCCACAUCCACAUCCACAUCCAUCCUCAACGGCAACCAGUGUGCUGAUGGCACCGCACACGCAGCCCAACAUUUACACCAGCAUGGGCCAUCCAGCUGUGAGCGGAGCAAUGACCAUAGGUCCUCACAUGCUGGGCCCCUCAAGCUUGGGCGGCGUUUCGCCGGCUUAUCUGAGUGGCACCAUCAUGGUGCCCGGACACCAACACACGCACGGCGGCACCCUGCGUCGCACUCUAAUACCAACCAGCAUGGGCCUGAUGAGUGCGCCCUCGCCGCCGCCGGCGAUGCUGGGCACAGGAGGCGGCAUGGCGCUGCCGCCGCACUCGAUGCCCGCCACCAGCGGCAGCGGCGUCUACUACGAUAGCACGGUGCCACGCAGUCUGGCGCGCGGCAUGUCCACGGAGAGCGGCGGGCAGUAUUUCCUGGGAUGACACUCGCUCAACCGCAAGGCUUCACUGCCCGUCGCCAUUGCGGUGCGUCCUCAGCCGCACUUGAACUUUAACAUGCUGCCAAUGUCGGCGACUGUGGGCUUGGGCUCGCCCUUGGUGACGGAGUCCAGUGGCAGCCGAGCGGGCACGCCCACCAAUGCUAAUGGUAACAAAACGG